CCUCCUCUUCCUCCUCCUCCGGCCGGGGCCGGGGCCGGGGCUCGGAGGCUGCGGAUGAGGCGGGCGAGGGCGGUGCUGGCGUGCUGCCUGCUGCUGGGGCCGGCCUUCCCCCUCGUCCUGCUGCUGCUCUGACAUGAGCCGCGGCCGGGGGCCGGCCGGCCGGAGCCGCAGGGAGCCCCGCUCCGCUGCCACAGCCACAGCCCCCGGCGGGGGACGAUGAGGAGCCCGGGCGGGCUGAGAUGGGAGAGAGCAUGUCCAAGCGGCUGAAGCUGCAGCUGGGCGGCGAGGCGGAGAUGGAGGAGCGGGCUUUCACCAACCCCUACGCCGACUACCAGCCGCCGGCGGCGGAGGGCGCCCCGCGGGACAAGGCGGCGCCGGGGGACGAGCCCCUGCCCUUCGGCACCGACGGCAAGGUCAGCGCUCAGUUCACAAAACGGAUCCAGACCAAAAUCAAGGACCUGCUGCAGCAAAUGGAGGAAGGGCUGAAGACAGCAGAUCCACAUGACUGCUCUGCCUACACUGGCUGGACUGGCAUUGCCCUCUUAUAUCUCCAACUGUACCGUGUCACAAAAAACCAGAGCCAUUUGCAGCGAUCUCUUGAUUAUGUGAAGAGAAUCCUUCGCAACCUGAAUGGCAGAAGAGUUACUUUUCUCUGUGGUGAUGCGGGGCCACUGGCAGUGGGUGCAGUGGUUUAUCACAAGCUGAAAAAUGACAGUGAAUCUAAAGAAUGUGUUACCAGGUUGUUGCAGCUCCAAAGGACAGUCACAAGCACAGAUGCUGAGCUUCCAGAUGAGCUGCUUUACGGCAGAGCAGGAUACCUGUAUGCCUUGCUGUACCUGAAUACUGAAAUUGGUCCAGACACUGUCCCACAGUCUGUUAUCAAAGAGGUAAUAGAUGCCAUUAUUGAGUCGGGGAAGAACUUCUCGAAGGAGGAGCGUAAAACAGAGCGUUGCCCUCUCUUGUAUCAGUGGCACAGGAAGCAAUACGUUGGAGCGGCCCAUGGGGUGGCUGGGAUCUACUACAUGCUUAUGCAGCCGAUUGCAAACGUGGAUCAGGAGACCCUGACAGAGCUGGUGAAGCCGAGCAUUGACUAUGUUCGUCAUAAAAAAUUCCGAUCUGGGAACUACCCAUCCUCACUGAGCAACGAGACCGACAGAUUGGUUCACUGGUGCCACGGUGCCCCCGGAGUCAUCCACAUGCUCAUGCAAGCUUAUAAGACUUUUAAAGAGGAUAAGUACUUGAAAGAUGCCAUGGAGUGUAGCGACGUCAUCUGGCAGAGAGGUUUACUGAGAAAAGGCUACGGGAUCUGCCAUGGUACUGCUGGCAAUGGCUACUCCUUCUUGUCUCUCUAUAACCUAACUCAGGACAAAAAGUACCUCUACCGAGCUUGCAAGUUUGCCGAAUGGUGUUUGGAAUAUGGUGCACACGGAUGUCGUAUUCCUGACAGACCUUAUUCUCUCUUUGAAGGAAUGGCUGGAGCUAUUCAUUUCCUCUCAGAUAUUGCAGUACCGGAGACUUCCAGGUUUCCAGCGUUCGAACUUGGUCCUCAAAGGAGAGAAAACAAAGUGGAGCAGGACAGCUAAAAGAUUCUUUUACAAGUAAACUUGAUGCCAAAAGAGACAAGACUGUUUAGUGCCUCUGAUACUGAACCAACUCGACCCUAGCUGACGGAUGGAUAAAAACCCCGUUUCUCACUUCCCCUGCCCCAAGGGACCGCGAAGUCAUUAGCGCAUGAAUGAGAGAAGCCACCUCUAAGUUCUGUUAGUGACACCUUCACACGUAGGACAAGAGAAGUCAAAUUUUGAACUUUCUCUCUUUCGUUGUAUUUGUCUUCUCCGGGUCUUCGACAUGCUCUGCAUGUUUAUUGGUGUUGUCUGUUGAUUCGAGUCUUUUGUUGUUAGCAGAGAGCUGUUCUUUGUGUGAAGCUCUGUCCUGUACCUUUGUGCAUGCAACACAACAGCACUGUCGCUGACCCCUAACAGCAGUGUUGCUUUCUGCAGUGUGGCUAGCCAGCGAGCUCCACUUCGCGCCAGAGAGUUCACUGUAAGACAGAGCCCAGCUUCACUGGUGAGCUGGCAGCUUCAAAACGAUGAAGAAAUUUUGUGUUCAUAGUUUUCUGCGUUUUUCUCCAUGGUCCCUAGAAGCUGAGGCAAUGGAGAUCAGCUUUACCUGGUGAAGUGGUGUGAUGAUUUUCAGGAGCGUGUCAGGUUGGAGAGGGCCUGAAUUUUCUUUUGCCACUGAUUUGGGAGGGUUUUUUGUUGCUUUUUUUUGUUGUUGUUGAAAACCUGAAAGAGCAGCUGCCUGCACCUGAUUAGCGUGGUGGGCCCAUAGUACAAGGAGAUGCUCCGCAUGGCGUGAGCUGAACAAACUGCAGGCAGAGUUAUCUGUGCUUCCCCACUCAUGUGCAUGGGUUUGUAAUACACCUCUCUCCAGCAGCACACAGUGUAGGAGAGUGGGAAGUCAGGGCUGUUUCUCAUGCGGAUAGCUCAGGACGGUAACUUGUUCCUGAACCAAGGAGGCGAUUUGUUCUGGGCCCUCCCGUUCGUUUCCCGGCCCCAUUGCAUUUAGCCCAUGUAAUAUGACAGGAGCAAUAAAUACCAGCUGCUUGUGGAGGCUGCAGAAGAUUAAUGAGCAAUAUGUAAGUCAUUGCUAGAAGCUGUAAUUGAAGUUAUUUCAACUUAAAAGCAAGACAGAAAAUGCCCUUUGCCCUUCGUUUUUGACUGUGCUGAUAGUGCUUUGCUUCCCCCCGCGCUGUGCUGGCGUUGUGAAGCAGUGGGUCCUCUGUCUCUGCCAGCAAGGCGGUGCUCAGUUCUGCCUCCACCUGCUUGUAUCAGUCCGGGAGGAGGAACGGAGCAUGCUGUAAGUGCACUUACAGCAUCUUCAUGCUUUCCAGGUAAUAAGUACGUGUUCUGUUUGAGAAAGGUAAGUAAGCAGAGCACUCUCUCACUCGCUCAAGCUCUGUUGUCGCUCUCCCUCUGCACCCUCUUGCCUUCCCCCCCAGACCCUCCUGUGUUGUGUCAGUCCAGCUGCUUAUUUUAAUUGGGACUUACAUCAGGUGCAGAUGUGACAGGUGGCUGAGACUCCGACCUUUCAGGUGCACGUACGUGACCUGAGGGACACAUGCUGAGUGCCAGUGCUUGCGGUCAGGCUUGGACAUGCUUUGUUGCACCUGCAUAAAACUCUGGCAGGUAGCAGCUGACUUCCUUGAGCUUCGUCGUAUCUGUUGCCAAAGCCAUUGGGAUGCUAAUAAUAUUUUCAGGAUUUGGUUCUGCUGUUGCAGUAGCAACAGUUCCAGUGCUGGGAGAGCGUAAAAGUCACAGUGUAGCUCCUCUGCUGAUUUGUCAAACAAAAAAUGGAGCAGGGGCGGGAUUUUUCCACCCCUCUGGCAAAGGGUAGGAGUUGGUGGGGGGCACUGAACCCAGCUGCAUCUGCCCAGCCAAGCAGGAGGGAAAUUGCUGAAAGGCAGUGGAAAGGAAGGGAACUGCACGGCGAGCAGCUGUGGUGAAAUGUACCUGAGCAGAGAGGCAGAAAGUGGUGGGAUCAGAGCGGAACAGGAGGGAUUGGUUACGGGAGGUAAUGCACAGAGCAUGCCAGCAGAGGCCAGCUCAAAUGAAGUAUUCUGCCCUGGCAAGCGUGCUGAGGUCUAACGCUGUAUUUCUUUCUUCAUCCUGUGGCUUACUGCUCCUCCUGGUAGCUGUUUCGUGUCCAUGGAGGAACCUGGCCCAGGGUAACGUCUCAGAAAUCCUAACAAAAGCAGACAUGGAGGUAGAAGGCAGCCCUGAAUUUCUGUUCUGCAUCCCCACUCCUUUUUCCUUCUUCUCUGCAAAUGCAGAACAUGCCAGGUGGGUUAAGAAGGAAGGGUGCAUCCCUUUGGCAGGUCUGCAGGACCCUCCUGCAAACACAGAAGCCACCAGCCAUCCUGGUAGAGCUUGGACUGACACUUGAAGGAGGUAAUUUUGGCUAGCUGGAACCCAAGAAGAAUUAAAAUUUAGUCUGGCUUUAAAAAAAAAUGUAUGUAUAGGUACAUGCACCCUUAAAACUGCUUAAUGCUGAGCAGAUCCUGGAGGUGCUUGAGUGCACCAGUGGAUGUAAUGAGCAAAUCCAGCGCUAGCUCUUUCUGUACCAUAGCCAGCCUUUGGCUGGGGUGAGGCCCAGCACCGUCCUUCUCCACAGAAUCACCCUGGAAUUGAGUAAGCCUGGAAAUGUCUCACAUCAGGAAGCUUACGACUGCGUCUGCCUUGUCUUCCUGACGGGACUUUCCCCGUGGCUCCUCCUCUCUGUUUGUUACAGCUUCGUGAUACACAGGUGGCCCAUUAAAAUAUUGUGUGAAUGAGUGAAAAAAUGCAUUUCACCAAGACACUGUUUUCAGAAAUCACAUCAAACUAAAAUGUGGAAACUGUCUUAAUAUUCCCUGGUUUGCUUUGUCCGUGUGUAGUAGUCCAUCUGGUGCAAAAAAGCAGUAAUGUUAAAAAUGGAGAUGCUCUUUAGGCAGAAAAAGAAGAAAAAUGCUGAUGUUUCGUUCUUUGGCUUUAUUAGUAAAGAUCAAGUUGUGUGGUGGUAA